UUUACGCAGUGAAUUCACGUCCAGCGCCAUCAACGCAUGAUAAGAUGAAUCGCGAGAAGCGGUUGCGAGGACUGUAACACACAUCUACGUGUGGAAAUUUAAUUAACACUUUGUUAAAGUGUCUCUUUGGGGUUGCACCAUAGAUUCUAAACAGUUUUUUGAAGUCGGCUGGGAAGCCGAUUAUUAUAAGACGGUGACGGACAGCGAAAAUAGGAUUAAAAAUCGAUUUGGAGGUUUCUAGAAGAAAAGGCCACUAGAGAGGCGGACGAUCUGCCAGUCUUUGCGGGGUGACGCGGGGAUAUUUUCAGAUAAUCAAACUUUCUUUUAGGGGCGUUCCAUCAAACAUGGCUGCUUUACCACGAAGGAUUAUCAAAGAAACACAGAGAUUAAUGCAAGAACCAGUUCCUGGUAUCAGUGCUGUUCCAGAUGAUACAAAUGCUAGGUAUUUUCAUGUAAUUGUAACUGGACCUGAAGAUUCACCAUUUGAAGGUGGACUUUUUAAACUUGAGUUGUUCCUACCAGAAGACUAUCCAAUGUCUGCUCCUAAAGUUAGAUUCAUUACAAAAAUUUAUCAUCCAAAUAUAGACAGAUUGGGCAGGAUUUGUUUGGAUAUUCUCAAAGAAAAGUGGAGUCCUGCUCUUCAAAUUAGAACAGUUUUACUGUCGAUACAAGCAUUAUUAAGCGCACCAAACCCAGAUGAUCCUUUGGCAAAUGAUGUUGCUGAAUUAUGGAAAGUAAAUGAAAUUGAAGCAAUACGUAAUGCCAAAGAGUGGACUCGGAGAUAUGCUAUGGAUAACUGAUCUAAGAUCAUCCAUGAUGCAAAGUGACAUUACCCCUAUCUUUCCGAGUUUACUGAUCACAUUACCCGCACCAGCUGCGUACCCUGCACCUAUGUCCACAAUUUUGCUAUAAAAAUAAUAAAAGUUUUGUAAGAGUAAACAGAAUGAAACUGUAUUUUCUAUAUUGCGGGGAAUACAAAGAUGUUGUUUAGAUUUCUUCACUGGUUCAUCAGACAGAUAUGUAAAGAAUCUUCUAACAAUAAAAUACAUCAAUUGUGAGAAGAUUUCAACUUCAGCAAAAAGGUAUAAUUUUAAUGGAUAAUUAGUUUUUACUUAAAAAUAUACGUUUAUAGUAAAAGUAAGUGAAUGUAGUAUCUUGCUAAAGAUUCUUUUCUAAUAUUCAAUUACAAAAUGGCUUGUGCAAUGAGUAAUGUAUG